GGACUGCGUCUACCGUCCGGCCAAUUCUCAGUGUCCAGAUAAGGAUGUUUCGUACAUUUUGUACACCAAAGGACAAAAAGCUGUAGUGGACUACACACAAACUGACUGGUUAAGACAAAGCAUUUGGGAUCCUUUGAAGGAAGACAUCAUGCUGAUCCACGGAUACGCUGGUGGAGAUAAUGAAUUGCCGAUGGUGGUUCUUAGAGAUGCAUACAUCAGAAACGGCAAUUACAACGUCUGGGUAGUAGAUUGGGGAAGACUCGGACCUCCUCCUUGUUACAGAGCUGGUGUAAACAAUAUGAAGACUGUGGCGAAGUGUACUGGAGAAUUGCUGACUUCUUUGAGGACCGCUGGGCUUCCAACAGAUCGAUUGACUUGCGUGGGACACUCUUUAGGUUCUCAUGUCUGUGGAUUGAUUUCUCGCUUCGUCAAUUUCCGUCUUCAUAGAAUUGUAGCACUGGAUCCAGCCAAGCCAUUCAUCCCUCCAGGCUCCAGAUUAUCCAGUGGAAAUGCUCUGGCAGUUCAUGUUCUACAUACCAACGCUGGACAUUACGGGGGUGGAGGAAGAGGUGGACAUGUGGAUUUUUGUAUUAACGGUGGAAGAGUACAACCUUAUUGCGAAAACGCUGAUAUUGAUAUUCAGUUGUGUAGUCAUGUAUGGGCGAUUUGUUAUAUGGCAGAGAGUUUAUUCCCAGAAAUGGCGAAAAAGGCCGAACCAUGUUCGAGAAGAUGUCCUUCAGGUCCAAGACCCGGCCUCAGAGUUGGAAUUCCAGUGGAAAUGGGACAUGGAACGCCACUUUCAGCUACAGGAUCCUACUGUCUUCAUGAUAAAUACCCACCAUUUUGUCCAAGAAGCCGAAACCUCAUUGGCGAUAAUAGAUGUUGCUUAAACCCACCAGAGACAGUUGUGCCAUCCAGUAGUCCCAUAGAGGGACCACAUUCUCCAAAUCCCACUACUGUAGAUAUAUUUAGUUGAAAGUCAAAUUGUUUUAUUUUUUUAAUUAUUUAAAUAUUGUACAGUUUCAUUUGUUUGUCAAACUGUUACUUAAAGUCUGAAUAAAGAUAAUAAUUUAAAGUU